AUGCAGCGGCUGCAAGUGCUGGCGAAGCAGAUUGCCCCGGACGGCGAGGCGGGCGAUGCACUGCAGCGUGCCCCGGCGAGCUCCACGCCACAGUGGGAUGCAGACCACCAUGUGCACAACUUUGACACGCGGAGGGGUCCCGUCCACAUUCAGUGGUUCAAGGGCGGCAAGACCAACAUCACGUACAACUGCCUCGACAGAUGGGUCAUCGCCGGCAAUGGGAACCGCGUGUGCUUCAUAUCCGAGGGGAACAACCUCGGCCACGAGAAGACCAUGACGUACCAGCAGGUCCUCACGGAGGCGAACUGGCUGCGCGGCCAGGGCGUGCGCAAGGGCGACAACGUCGUCCUCUACCUCCCAAUGAUCUGCGAGCUGCCCAUCGCCAUGCUGGCCUGCGCGCGCAUCGGGGCCAUCCACUCUGUGGUGUUUGCCGGGUUCAGCGCCGAGAGCCUGGCUCAGCGAGUCCAGGACUGCGGGGCGCGCGUCAUCAUCACCGCCAGCGCCGUGAUGCGCGGCACCAAGAGGGUGGGCCUGAAGGGCAUAGUGGAUUCCGCACUGGAGAUGGCGCGCGGCAGCGGGUACAGCGACGUGCGGCGCGUGCUGGUGUACGAGAAGAGCGCGCUGCCCAGGGAGGAGACCCCCUGGACGCCCCACCGAGACUGCUGGUGGCACGACGAGAUCAGGAGCCGCCCAGAGUUCUGCUCGCCAGAGUGGAUGGACGCGGAGGACCCUCUGUUCAUGCUCUACACAUCAGGCUCCACCGGCAAGCCCAAGGGCGUCCUGCACACGGUGGGCGGCUACAUGGUGCAGGCCGGCAUAGGGACAAAGUACUACUUUGACUGCAGGCCAGGGGACGUCUACUGGUGCACCGCGGACUGCGGCUGGAUCACGGGCCACACCUAUCUGACCUACGGCCCCCUGCUCAACGGCGCCACGGUCGUCAUCUUCGGCUCCACCCCCGCGUACCCAGACCCGGGGCGCUGCUGGCGGCUCGUGGAGAAGUACAGGGUGCGCAUCUUCUUCACGGCGCCGACCCUGAUCCGCGCCCUGAUGCAGCACGGUGACGAGUGGGUGACGUCACACGACCGCAGCAGCCUGAAGAUACUGGGGACCGUGGGGGAGCCCAUCAACCCACACGCCUGGGAAUGGUUCCACAAGGUGGUGGGUGAGGGGCGGUGCCCCAUCAUCGACACCUGGUGGCAGACAGAGACCGGUGCCGCCAUGAUCAGCCCCAUGCCUUUCGCCUGGGAGACCAAGCCCGGCAGUGCCACGCUGCCGUUCUUUGGAGUGGAGCCUGUGCUGCUGGAUGAGAAGGGGCGUGAGAUACACGGCGCGGGCCAGGUGAGAACGGGGCGAGCUUGA